AUGGUGGCACCACCACCUCUCACCACCGAGCCACCUACCGGACCUGCGGCCGGAUCUAGCAACCUUCGUGGCACCACCAUCGAGCAUGGUGGAACCUCCCAUCAAGGUGGGCUCGUUACCACCACUGACUUAGGCCCGGUCUUGGAGCAACUUCAAGCAUUCCCUCCAUUGCCUCCACGCUCGAUGUACGCUCCUGCAUACACCUCCAAUGAAACCCUAGCCCGUGUGCUAUUGGGCUCCACACACUUCUCUCCUCCCGAUCCACAAAGUCAAGCAGAUCUUAAUUUGAGAGUUGACUAG